AGGACCGUUACAAAGUGAGUUCCGACGGCUGCGGCCCUUUCCUGACCGGCCCAAAUAGGGGCGAGUGCUAAAACCCUAAUCCGUUUCCGUCAUCGACAAAUCCUGUUGUGCUUGCUUCGGAUCGAGAAAUUCCUCAAUUGUCAGUACUUGUGUUUGUUGUUUAUUUGUUAUCCAUCAAAUGGGAAGGAACAGAGUCUACAGCUCAAUAGUUGUAUCGCAAUGGUGGAUAUGUGGUGGUCCUUAUUAGGAGCUGCAGUUCCAGUCAUCAUAGCAGGUCAUAGGAUUAGGGUAAAAGGAAGACAUGCCGAGGAACAAAGGCUCAGAAGUGCUCAAGGGCGUGAAAAGAACUCGGAUGAGAUAUUUGUUUGUGAGAGAGUGUGUACUUCGAAGAGAAUGCUGAACAAGCUUGGUGCAUUUUCAAAGGAUCCAAUUCUUGAUACAUGCGUCACUGUGUGCGGUGUUUCUGAGCUCGAUGCUUGUACUGAUGCUUGCGCAAGGACUGUUUGUGUUAACCAACACCAAGUUCCCAAUUGGAAUGACAUCUGCCUUAAAAGAUGCCAGAGCGAAUGCCUUCGGCUCUCUUCACUGUCAUCAUCAUCAACAAAAAUGCCUUAGGCAUUUUUUCUGUUUUGUAUUGGAAACAUUGCACGUUGUUUAAAUUAUUGUUUUAUGAUCAAUGCUUGAAUUUUUUA